AACACUUUGAAUACUACUAAUGAUGAUGAACAAAGUGAUGAUCAUUUUUUUCCCUCUCUCUCAGACUACAAUGGCAGCGAUCAGAAGACGGCCUGCAGAAGACACGAGCUCUACGUCAGUUUUCGAGAGCUUGGCUGGCAGGACUGGAUCAUCGCUCCCGAAGGCUACGCCGCCAACUAUUGCGACGGGGAGUGCUCCUUCCCUCUGAACGCCCACAUGAACGCCACCAAUCACGCCAUCGUGCAGACUCUGGUGCACCUGAUGAAUCCCGAGAAUGUCCCCAAGCCCUGCUGCGCCCCCACCAAGCUCCACGCCAUCUCCGUGCUCUACUUUGACGACAACUCCAAUGUCAUUUUGAAGAAAUACAAGAACAUGGUGGUGCGAGCCUGCGGUUGCCACUGACCCCCGACGCCGCCAAAGAGGAAGGCACGGCGGCCGCGCGGUGUCCGACGCGAAUCCCAGCGCUGUCCACCCAUCGCUCGGAAAAGGCUUCCACGGCGACGACCCGCGUCGUCUCACGGCAGCCCACGCGCCCCGAGGAACACCGAGCGUG